AUGCCUUCAAUUCUUAAGAAAGUAUUAGGAUGUUAGGAAGAACAGCAUAAUUAUGAGCUUUGUAAUGGAAGACGAUAUACCGCAGUAGAAGUGAUUCCAGAUAUUUCACAAAUACUUAAUCAUCACGAAACAAUAAUGAAAUUCUUACAGAUAGUUUUAUUUACAAGAUUGUACUUCAAAAAAUUCGUGUUAAGUAUAACCUUUAAAAAUUAAACGAUAAAUUUAUUUAGCACUCUUCGCACGCUCGUAAGUCAACUCGCGUACCGUAACUUUUCUAUGUAAUAAUUUAUAAUGUACAUGAUUUAAAACGGUCGAGCGAGUAAAUUCUGGCUAAAACCUUUCCUGAACGUCAAUCGUUCUUUCUAACAAAACUCUUCUCGACUCCAUUUUAGCAUGAAUAACGAAGAUUGGCUAAGCUUGUUUAGGAAGGGUGGAUGCUAUACGCGUAUCUAAUGACUAGCCAAUCCCACGCACGAACGUUGGGUAGCCAUUUUCAUGAGUCUCAUUUGAAACAUUUGAAACUCGUACAGCGAUGAAGAAAGUAGUGUAGUAUCAGACCAAAUUCAUUGUAUAAUUGUAUCUUUUGAUAUGACACAUAAUUUCAAUUAUUAUCAAAACAUUGCUAGUAUUUUGCCAUGAGGUUUCAUUUGGUUAAUACGGCAAAAUAUGUGAAUAAUGAGAUCACAAAAAUCAUUACAUAAAUCAUAAGUUUGUUCAAUUAUUAGAUAUACAUAUUUUCCUUCGUUCUACGGUAUGACUUUCGUGAAUAUGUAGUAACCAGAAAAUACGCCGAUGAAUUAAGUUUAUUGGUAAUAUCGCUCGGUUAGUUUUCGUCUCGUUCAAAUUUCAACCGUUCAUAAUUUCCUCGACAUUGCUUCAUUCCAUUGGAUCUCAUUAGAACAAACCAAUAGACGAAACCAGCCUAGGUCUCGUUGAAUAUUCAUUGUUGCAGUUAUGAAGAGCUGAAAAUCGUUUGAAUUAUGAAAAAAGUCGGCCGCUCUUUGAGGAAUUGCUAACGUUGGCGUUGAAGAAACGCUGGCAUGUACCAAUAUGGCGACAACAGUAACGAAAAAGGAAGAAGAUGGAAAAGACUUUGAAGUGCAGCAAACUGAUGAACAGUAUAAUUUUGAAUACGAUACUGUAGAUUAUGAGGAACUAUUAAUUAGUGCUGUUAAAGCAAGACCACCAUUAUACAAUUGGAAACUUCCAUUGCGUGAUCGGAGCAAAUCAAUCAAGAAAGUAUUGUGGGAAGAAGUGUCUAAUGAGGUGCACAAUAUUUGGUCUGCAAAAAUAUGUGAAACAAAAUUUAAAAGUAUGAGAGAUAGAUAUAGAAGAGAAAGAAUGGACAGACAGUAUCAGAACAUAAAUGGACCUGGGAAUGUCAAGAGAAAACCAUGGCAUCAUAUGAGACUCCUUUCAUUUCUUGACAAUGCAAUGAAGAUGAAAUCUGGACAAACUAUACCUCGUGCCUUACCUGGACUAGAUACUUCCAAUACACAAGACGAACCUAGAGAAAGCAGAGUUUAUAUUUUACCAAGUACACCACAGUCGCCCUCUUCUUCAUCCUCUUCGGGAAUCAGAAAAAGAAGUUUGGAAAAUCCGCAGGACGAAUUCAUUUCUGCUUCUAUACGACCGGACGUGGUAGGACACCACGUUGAUGAUUUUUGCAAGGUUCUCGCAUCGCGUAUGCAACAAUUAAGUCCGGAAGCACAAUCAAGACUACAAAUUAAAUAUCUCCAAUUGCUUCACGAAGAAGAAUUUAGUAAAUAGUGAGAAACCUGUAUUUUAUACAUGUACAUAAUGCCCAAUCGGAAAUAUAACAAAUAUCGUUUGAAAGUUCA